AUGUUUGGCCCCGCUAAAGGUCGCCAUUUUGGAGUCCACCCGGCGCCUGGGUGCCCCGGCGGCGUCUCUCAACAGGCUGCCGGGACCAAAGCUGGCCCCGUGGGUGCCUGGCCUGUGGGCAGCCGGACCGACACGAUGUGGCGGCUCCGCUGCAAGGCCAAGGACGGCACCCAUGUUUUGCAGGGGCUGUCCAGCCGGACCCGGGUGCGGGAACUCCAGGGCCAAAUUGCCGCCAUCACCGGGAUCGCCCCCGGCGGUCAGCGAAUCCUCGUCGGAUACCCUCCCGAGUGCCUGGAUCUCAGCAAUGGGGAUACCAUUCUGGAAGACUUGCCCAUCCAAUCUGGUGACAUGCUGAUCGUUGAAGAAGACCAAACCAGGCCCAGAAGUUCACCUGCAUUUACUAAACGUGGUGCUUCUAGUUACGUCAGGGAAACUUUGCCUGUGCUUACCAGAACCGUGGUCCCAGCAGACAACUCUUGCCUCUUUACCAGUGUGUACUAUGUCGUCGAAGGAGGAGUCUUGAAUCCAGCUUGUGCCCCUGAGAUGAGACGCCUCAUAGCACAAAUUGUAGCAAGCGAUCCGGACUUCUAUAGUGAGGCAAUACUGGGAAAAACAAAUCAAGAGUACUGUGACUGGAUCAAAAGGGAUGACACUUGGGGAGGAGCAAUAGAGAUAUCGAUUUUGUCCAAGUUUUACCAGUGUGAAAUAUGUGUAGUGGAUACACAGACAGUAAGAAUUGAUCGUUUUGGGGAAGAUGCAGGAUAUAACAAAAGGGUUCUGCUUAUUUAUGAUGGCAUCCACUAUGAUCCACUUCAGCGUAACUUCCCUGAUCCAGAUACACCUCCUCUGACCAUUUUCUCCUCUAAUGAUGAUAUUGUUCUUGUACAAGCACUGGAAUUAGCAGAUGAAGCUAGAAGAAGGAGACAGUUUACUGAUGUCAACCGCUUCACCCUGAGAUGCAUGGUAUGUCAGAAAGGAUUAACUGGACAAGCAGAAGCAAGGGAACAUGCCAAGGAGACAGGCCAUACCAACUUUGGAGAAGUGUGACCUAUGCAUGAAUGAGGGUUGAAGCCUACUACCUCACACAUCCAGAAGGCUCUGGGUUUUCCAAUAAGCUAUCGUAACCGUAAAGAACAAAGGACACAAUGCUUGAACCAUCCUUUUAACUUAAAACCACUAAGACACUGAAAUUCCUUGUUAAGAUUAAAAUUAGUGUGCAAGUUUACAGAUGUGUGUCUACAGUGGUAAACUGUACAUACAUGCCUCUUUCUGCUGGAGUGACAGAAUAGGUGAUCCUUGCCACCUCCUGACACUGACCUGAAGAUUGAGAUUGAUUAUUAUAAACUAGCACCCAGCAGCUUUAACUUGUAGAAGAAAGCAUCACAUUUUGGGUAAUGUGGAAGGCCUCCUGUGAGUCCACUGGACAUUUACCACAGUGUCUCCAGUAACUGAGUCUUUUUAAAAACUCUGAAUGAGUUAAGUUUCUAAAUUAUGAAUUGAUUCAUCAAAUGAAGAUACUCAGAAUUGUCCAAACUGAUUUUAUAUUGCAAUUUGGUAGACUUUAUAAAUGUGUGCUUAACCACUGAUAAGUACAUCACAAGCAAUUUUUACAGGGAUGAGUCUCAUCCUUGAGAAUGUUAUCACAAAACAGGAACUGAUUGUGCCCUGUUUAAGAUCUCUAGCGUAUAAAAAGUAGAAUGUAUGAGGGAAAAGGUGCCUGAGCAGCUUCCUGAAGCUUUAAAAGACCGUUGGCCUCGUGUUUUAAUGCAAUUCAUGUAUUGGUCUUUGUCACAUUGGAUAACAUUUUAAAAUUAAGCAGGGUACUUUUUUAAUUGAAAUUCCUUGAAAUUCGAGUCCUCAGUUUUUUCUUCAUUUGCAUAAAGAUUUAUCAGGGGGGAUUUUCUCAGCUUUUUGUUAAGAGCACUUCCUCCAAAAAAUUUUUUUCGAGUAAUAAUGCUCUGCUUUGGGUUGGUUUUUGUAAGAUUUUUUGCACACCUGAAGAGUGUUUGCUUUUGUGCUAGCUUUAUCCCUUCACUAAAGUUAUUUUAAAUAAUUUCACAUUUCUGCAAAUUAGCACUUUGCUUAUCUGCAGUCUUUGAUUUUUGAAGUUUUAAAGUAAUUGGAGUAAUACUGUUGAAUGAAUUUGUUUCACUUCCAAAAUAGGAAAAAUUGUAAAUCCUUGCCUUAUGCAGCUUUCUCAGAAUUCUGCUUCUUCCUAGUACUAGAUGUGUAGCCAUUUGCUUAGUGGACUAAUCCGCAAGGCACACCCUCUAAAAGUUAGCUUCACUACAAGAUCUUCCAGAUAAAGUUUUCUACCUCUUUUCUUAAUUAUUCUGAUCAGGGAUGCUAAAUUAUAAUCUGUUAUGUAUUAUCUCAUAUAAUGUGAAGAGGCUUAAUGUUGUGAAGUUUUGUUAUUUUGGUCUCAUUUUUUAUUAAGUAUCUCACUUAGAAAUUCAGUGGUAUACUUUAAAGCACUUGGAUCUUUUUCAGCCUAUCUUCCUAGCAAAUGUUUUAAAAUUGACAUUUACUUUUAGCCCUUUCACUUGGUGAAGGUGGCCAUAUAAAAUUAAGGAACAUUUGAACAAUGUAAGAGAAAAUAACUUUUAAGGAACAAUUCACAAAGUUUGUUUGAAAUCAUCAGAUGACAUUUCUUGAGUACCUUUUGUGUGCAUAGUUAUUUUAGACAAUAUAAGCUGUUACGGUCAGCAUAACUUAAAAGUGUUUAGUUUUCUAUUUUACUGAGCCUUAAAAAUAGCACUGAUGAGCUUAUGAUACUUAAUGUUUGGCAAUCAUAAUGUGUUCAAAUUAAUAGGAUUGAAAAUCUCUCCAUACCUGACUUUCAUCUGGUCUGGAUGGUUUUGGUUUUGUAUCUUUUUUAUUUCUCCCAGAAAAUACUAAAUCUAAAACUAAAUUAAGAAUAUACCACUAGGUAACAAUUAUCAAAUUGAGCUUUAUGCAUCAUUACUCAGAAAGCUUGCCUUCCUUGCUUUGCUACUUCAGGAGACAGAGUUGACAUGUGCUUACUGCAGCUUUAGAUCUAGAAGUUUAUUCAUGCAACAAAUAUUUAUUGAGUAAUUUAUACUAUGCCAGGCAUGUUUUGAUAUGUUUCUGUCAUAUGUUUUGAUAUGUUCCAACAUAAGUUUCUGUCACUUUAAAAUUCAGUAUAUAUUUUCUACGGUGGGUAAAUUUAACAAAUGGAAAGGAAUAGAACACUGAUAUUUUACAGAAUUAAACCCCUUCAUUGUAAGGGCUUUGUUUACAUAUUAAGUGUCAAGUAUUUAUUCAGGGGAUCUUAUUUCAUUCUAUUUUAUCUGUUACCUAGGUUGUCCAUUUACCGGUUGGACACUGAUACUCUGUCAAAUUCCUUUUAAAAAUGACUCUUUCAUCUGCUGAAAUUUAGCACUAGUACUUUAGUGUUCUGAUCCUGGAAAAUUCAAGGUGAAGCUUUAUUUGCGGACCAUCUGAUUUAAUUAUUGAAGAUUAAAAACCUAAACCUUUGCUCAUUCUAAACUCAAGCUUUUAAGCCUCACAGAAUUUACAGGGGUUUGUUUUUUGUUUGUUUUUUCAUUUUUUACUGUGCUUAUUAAACUCUUGGAAUUAGUUAUUAAAGGGAGUAAAUUCUCAUCUUGGGAAUUUUGAAAAUCUACGGACUUAUAACUUUCAGGAGGAUUAAAUGUCUUAAGUUUUGUACUAGAGCAGAAUGAAAUCCUUCCUAUUCAUUGAGUUUUUGCCUGCCAUAGAGGAAUUUUUUUAAAAAUUAAAAUGAGGACAGUUUACAUUAGUGGCAAAGUGAAUAAAGACCUCACUUUCCCACACCACCCUUCUUCCUUUGUCUUACUCUUCUUUGGAUUAAAGGUCAGGUGUAGUGCUAUGAAGAUUCACUCCUGAAUAAAGUGAUUUCAGAAGCUAAAAUUUAACAUACCUGGAAAUUUUGUGAUGUGUUAGCCAAGUGAAGACAUUAGUGUGUUACAUCUUUUACUAAUGGUUCAUGGUUGAUUUCUUCAUUGUUUCCCAUGAAAUUAACAUAGUCAAGUGGUACCCUUGACGCUUGACUGCUGGUCAGUUUGACCCUGUUUUUAACAACUAAUGUAGUCAUGCCGCUUGAUUAGUCCAUGAAGUCCCAGCAAAAUAAUCAGGAAUUAACUAACAUUAUGUUAUCUAUCUAAUUUGUCUGUAUCUCUAAAUGCCCAUGCCUAACUUGCUUCUCUAGUUUAUUCCUUCUGUGGAGGGGUUAAAACGGGGGUGUUGCAAGUUGCCCUAAGCUAAACAUAGUUUUCUUACAUCUUUUUGGAAAAAAAAAAAUGGAAUGGGAAGUAUGCAAGAUUAAGCAAGAGUGAUUUUUUUUUUUUUUUGGACAAAUCAGGUGGCCUUCCUAAACAUACUAAGAAUUAUGUUAUUUCAUGUGUUGAGACACAUUUAAUUUGUUUGCAGCACUUUAAAAAAAAAUGGAAUAAAAGUUUACAUGUUGGCCCUCUAGGGAUCUAAUUAAGGACAUUAAAGUUCAAUUCUUGAGCUACUAACCAUCAGCUCUUCUUAAUCAAAGAUUGCCAUCAGUGUAGAGUAUAUCUAAUGGCACAACAUUCUGGUAUUUUAAUAACAGUAGAACUCAAUUUCAGUAACCAUUAGGAGCAUGGUCUGUGCCCUAGCAUUAAAAAUGUUACUUAUUAUUAUAAUGUGAAUAUCUUGUAUUAUUGUACAAUGCAGUAUUCAAAUUUGUCCUUGUAGUGCAAAGAUGAUUGAUAAUUUCUAAAAGAUUCGAUCCUUAAAACUUGUUUCCAAGCAGACUUAUAAGGAAGCUGAUUUUUGAGUCAGAGGCCUUAAACGUGUCAUACACAAGUGGCAUCAUUUUAAGUCCAAAGUGAAACACUUGAUUUGAAUAAGCUAGUUUAUUAACUAAAGCUGUUUUCUUAUGUUACAGUAUUUCAGCACAUUUCAUUCAACAUAAAAAGAAUAUUAAAUGUCCCUGGUUGUGGGAGAGUGUUUAUUUUUCUCAAAGUUAUCUAGCAUUUUGCUUACAGUGCUUUGAAUAUUUGGCUUAAAAUUAUUAUUGAUGUUGAAUUGUAGGGUGCUGAUCUAGGUCUUGAUUCAUAUACAUUUAAAGGAGGUUGGUAACCCCCUCAUGGUAGAGUGAAGGGAGAAAAGGGCCAAGAGGACAAAGUACCACUGAUAAGAGAUUGUCAAAUAGAUGCAUUCCUAGUCAUGAAUUAUGCUUUUCCAAACAUUUUUAAAGCAAUGCCUUUGUGUCAACUCAACCCUUCUUCCCCAUUUCUUGUCAUAGAAUGUAGCAUGGCCAUAGGUGAAAAAGCUUAUCAUUAAAGUAUGAAACCAUGAAUUAUAAGCAUUUUGCCAUGAUGCCCUUUUAUACAUAUGUUUUUAAAAGUACUAACCAACAUAUAGGAGUUUAGGAAUAGUGAAGAUAUAAUUUGAUUAAAUUGUAGGUAAACAGAAAAGAUCAUCUUAGGCUCAGAAUUUCUAAUAUGAUUACAUGAGUCUACUUUAUAAACUGGUAUAGGCUAUGUAAUUAGCCUCUAAGUUACUUAAGGGACCAGGGGAUCUAAUUUUUGUCAGUUUUGCAGUCACAUUGGUGCCAUUCAGGACUCCAGCUGUUUACAGGAAAUAUAUACUUAGCAGAGUAGUAUUUUUCCUUGAAAAAAAUCUGAAUUCGGCCUAAAUACAGAAUGAAUAUGAAUAGUUUGUGAAAAGGGUUAGAGAACAACAAUAUUCCUAUAGUUUCUGUAUUAAUGCAGUAGAGACAGAGGUUCGUGACGCAAAAAGAGAACCACAAGUAAAGACUGUCAAAUUAGAGCUUUAGAAUAUGACUUGGAAAAAGUAGGGAUGGGCAAAACAGCAUAAGAAAAUAUUUUUUCUUAAUGAAGAUGGACUGUGUUUUCUUGUUUUAAAAAUGUUUGCCUAUUUGCCAGCAUUUUUUGAAGUAAUGCACUGCUGCUACCUGGAAGAUGUCUAACUUCGUUUUCUACAACUCUUAUGUGAUUUUGCCAUUGUCAUUAAGAUGCAUUGAUUUUAUUUAUGAGGUGUAUGACUUUAAAUAUCUAAAUGCUGUAUUAAGUGACUUGUUUCAAAGGAAUAAAUGAAGUGAAAACGUU